AUGAAUGUUUACAAAGCAGUGGACUGCGUCAUCAUCACCUUGACAACUAAGGGCAAGCUGACGAUGGAGGAAGAGGGAGAAUUCAGACCCCAAAAGAAGUUACAGCAGAAGGCUCUGCAGCAACCUAAGCAGAAGAAAUCCAAGUCGGCUGAAUUUCUGAUGGGGAGAGAGGAUAGAGCUGCUGUGGUGGGCAUAGAAAACCCAGCUUUUGAUGGAGGAGGAAGCACCGAGCUUUCCGUUCCUCCAGUUUGGCUGGGGAGAGAAAUUCGAGGUGACAGGCCAGAUAGCACCCUUGCAGCUCACCAAAAAAAAAUGGAGCUGCAAGCCCCUGCCAAAGAAAGAGGAAAUGAACACGCUCAAAAUUACUUUGACCCAUCGUCGGCAGAGCAGACAGACCCAAGGCAUUGCAUGAUGGCUGGGGUCAACACUGAAGAUGAGCUAGAAUUAACGAUGCUGAAUGCAGAUGAAAAGAGGCUAUAUGAAAGAAUGGCUGCUUUACUGGAUGAGGACAAUACCUUCAUAGAUAUACCUGGUACGCUGAUACCCUCCAGGGAUGAGGAGGUGUUGGAGGUGAAGGCGGGUGAUCCGGUGCUUCAGCGGCGACUGCUGCUCCAUGGUGGAGCUGAUGCCUCGGGCACCAGGCCCUCCCAGGCCCAUACCAUUGCCAAAACUCAGGCUAGGGCUGGUGCUCGGGUUGGAGAGAAGGCUGGAGUCAAAGCAGGGAGGAUGAUAAUGGGCAAGGAGAGCACUGUAAAAACGAGGACAGGAGAGGAUGUGAUACCCCACUACGCUCAGCAGCUGAGGGAGCGUGUGCGGCCUGACAUGAUCACGCUUGGCAGCCUUUCACUGCAGCAGCAAGCUGCUCAGAAAGGACCGCUGAGGAGGAGUGAGUGGGCAAAGAGAAAGAAGAGACUUAUAGCCCUUUUCACCGGGAAUUUUAAGGAUCCCCAUUCACAAAGAGAUGGUGACAAUGCAUUAAGAGAAGUACCACAACCAAGGCUCAACACACUAUUUCAGGGCAGCAGAACCACUGAAAGCCCGUCACUCAGAGUGCUGGGUGAAGGCCAGGAGGAAGCAAUGGCCAAAUACAGCCAGAUGACAGAGCACCCGGAAUCCUCCUCCUCGUCAUCACAGCCCCUGUGGCAGGAGAUCCAGAGCACAACUCCCCAGCCUGUGGAGGUGUGUGUGUGUUGUCUGAGAGCUACCAGAGACAAGCUUCCCAGAGGCCGCUACAGCAUCAAAGUGGCCCUUCACAGCCGUCUGUGGGGUCCGGUCCUGUCCUGUUGCAGCAAGAAAGAGCAGCAACAAUGGGCUGUGUCCACCGAGCCAGUCGAGCAUCGCGGUCACUUCUUUGACACUGAUCUGCACAUUAACCAAAGUCUGUCAAUGAUCUUACCUGCAACCUGUGAGGCCAUACCCUCCAUGGUCCUGGUUUUCCAACUUAUCGCUCUACCAGGAAAGAGUCGCCACAUUAGUUCGGUGAUGGCCUGGGGGGCAUUUCCUAUUUAUGGCCCGAGCCUCAGUCUCGUCCAGGGCAGGUUCAAAACCCCUCUGCUAAGGGGCGAACCCACCAGACAACUGGACCAGUUUAGAAAGAUUGAAGCCCUCAUCUCCUCUGACCUUGACCACUGGCUGUGUAACCUGUACUUUCAGGUAAAGAGGCUCCCUUCUGGAACUUUAGGGGCACCAGAACGCUGUAUCACCCUAUCUAUCCCCCCAUCAAAUCCACCUGUUGUGCCCCAUCCUGAGGUCCAUCUCGACCAACCCCAGGAUCAGCUGCCAGCCCAGCCCCACCUCCACCCCCACCCUUUGUCCCACCUCCCCUCACAAUCCCAGUUCCAACUUCAGCCUAUGAAUCCCCAGUCCCAGUUAUACUCCCAACACCACCUGCAUGCAGGACCCAGCAACCGAGCAGGAGAAACAGCUGUGGUACAUUCUCACCGGGGGUCUUCUCUCCACCUGUCAGCUGAUUCUGCUUGCUCUUCCUCAUCUUUGCCAGGGAAGAAUGGCUCCUCAGGAGCCAUUUCAGGAAACACAGGAGAGAAGAGUGAUCCAUGCAGAGAGAAAGCAGAGGGUGGGAUCCAGUACAAGAAGAAGCCAAUCAAGAAGACAAAUAGCUGCGGCCCCAGCAUGAGCGGCAGCAGCGCACCGCCUCGGCAGGCAGACAAACAGAAGACGCAGCCUUCAACGGAGAACCUCUCCACGGAGGAGAUGGAGGAGUAUACAUUCUCCCUACAAUCAGCACCGAGAAGACCUGGUCCCAUCUCCUCACGUCUGUCCGGCCGAACCCGCCUGGCUCUUCGCAUGCUGCCCUCCGAGCUGGGCCUGCCGUUGCUGUGGCAACAACAACAGCAUAGUAGCUGGCGUGGCUCCGUUCGGCAGCUCGGCCUCAUUAUGCUGCUUCUGGCUUUGAUGUGGUUUGUGAGGCUCUACCUGCAUUACUGCAGCCAGUGGCUCUACCUCCAGGCCAUAGCAGUUCCUGUCAACAAAUUCCAGUUCCAUGCACACACGGUGGACCUCAUAUACCAGAGUUCUUUGCUCCACACCCGCGAGGAGCUGGCUAUGGUGGUGGUGGGUCCCCUGACCUUGAACGCAGUAACGUUCCUGCUGGUUCUGAUCAGAUGGGGCUGUCAACAGAUAUUUGGCUCACUCCCUUCCUUCACGUCAAAGUUUAUCAUGGCUCAGGGAGUGUGGACAGUCCUCGACCCCCUGGCAGUCUUUGCAGUGGACGCCGUCCUCGGGCGUCUCACCUACAGCCCAGAAACACCAGUGGGUGAUGCUGCCAAGCUCUACUGGCACUUCUACCGGGCGGACCAAUCAGGUGCAGCGGGGGUAAUCAUCACUCUGUUCCUUUAUGCAGUCCUUACCCUUCUCUCCAUCACCAUCCUGUCCAUUUACCUGCUCAGAUUCCACAAUGAUGGGCGCAUGUUGGACAUCUUUCAGCGACUCACAGCCAGUGAGGGGACUUACUUUGUGCCUCAAGACAUGGAGCUGUCCAAUCAGGAACUGAGCUACAUUGUCAAGAAGGCAGAGCAGUGGAGGGGCUUCAACGGAGAGAGGCGAAAGGUGGCCGUUUAUGACUAUAUCUGGACAGAAGAGGACCCCUUAGUGGGCGCUGCAGCACCAGGUGAUGGCCAGCUGAGGGAGGGUGCCAUCCUACCAGAGGGCGAGAUCAGCACCCAUGUGGCUGUUCAUACCCUGUACUUAAGCGGGCUCAAACAAAGAUACAGGCAAUUCUUCCGACAAGCAGACGGAGCUAUUAUUGAGGUGAUUGGUGACAUGGAGGGGGUGGACAAUGCGACGAGGAUGGUACCCUCAGGUCAGGCCUCUGCUAAACAGACGGAGGACAAGGAAGGCACAAGUGCUACCCACCAGCUCCGAAAACGGAAGAAACUUUUUGGACGGUCUCACCGUGUAGAGCCAGUUGGAAGUGGGUGUUACUCCAGUUUUGCACUGCAAGAUCUCAGCCAAUGACAACAAAGUAAACUCAAAGAUACGUCAGUUUGACUUGAGGUUCUCUGUACAUAAAAGCAGUUGAUAUGUUGUGUGAAAAAUUGGAGGAUUGUUUAGUGUUUUAUGUACAUAUUAAUUCUAUCGUUAUCUAAUCAGCUGUUAUUUCUAUACUAACAAUGCAUGUGUACACAGUAAAUAAGGAUGAAAAGAAUGUACUUAUAACUGUCAAAGUAUAAAUGUUAGAAGCCAAAUAUUGACUCAUCUUAUAACAAGGAAAAAAUGUGGUGCUAUUAGUUAUGUUGCUCAUGCACACAACUUGUAACCUAAUAAACAAUGUUCAGCAA